CGCGCUGGCUUUUGCCGAAGGAAGCCAUGAUGGGAGCCUGAGCGUGUGGCGGCGGCGGGCUGAGGAGACAUGAGCAGCAGCGGCGGAGGCGGUGGCGGCGGGCGGGCUCCUGCACACGGCACUGAGUAGAGGCCGCCUGAGAGAGAGCACUUUCCGACCCUUCCCCGGCCCACAGCACGGACAUAGGGAAUAGCCGAACGGAUAUCUUGUUCUUUUUUUCCUCCCUCCCCGCACGCAGCCCCUGGGGGAAGAACCCGCAGAGUGAGGGGAGGCGCGGCCAACCUUUCCCCGUCAGGCUCAAGCCUCCGCUGGACGUGAUUGUAGGCCCUGAGCCUCCCGGGGAGCUUGGGUAACCCCCACCCCCGGCCGUACUCUGGCCUCCCCCGGCAACACCAGCAGCGGCGGCGGCAGCAGCAGGAGGAGGAGAAGGGGGAGGAGAGGAGAGCCGAGCGGCCGGGGGGGAGAGGAGCCGGAUCAGGGGGCCGCUGCUGCCCCCCAUUCCCUACAGCAGCCCCUCUCCUCCUUCUUCCCCACCCCCAGGUUCCCCGACAUGACCGCCAUUAUCAAGGAGUUCGUCAGUAGGAACAAGAGGCGGUACCAGGAGGAUGGAUUCGACUUGGACCUGACCUAUAUUUAUCCAAACAUCAUUGCCAUGGGCUUUCCUGCAGAGAGGCUUGAAGGUGUAUACAGAAAUAACAUAGAUGAUGUAGUGAGGUUUCUGGAUUCAAAGCAUAAAAAUCAUUACAAGAUCUACAACUUAUGUGCGGAGAGACAUUAUGAUACCAACAAAUUUAGCUGCAGAGUUGCACAGUAUCCGUUUGAAGACCACAACCCACCACAGCUAGAGCUAAUCAAACCUUUCUGUGAAGAUCUUGACCAGUGGUUAAGUGAAAAUGAGAACGUAGCAGCUAUACAUUGUAAAGCCGGCAAGGGCCGGACGGGGGUUAUGAUUUGUGCCUAUUUGCUACACAGAGGCAAAUUUCCUAGAGCACAAGAAGCCCUAGAUUUUUAUGGAGAAGUGCGGACCAGAGAUAAAAAGGGAGUUACAAUUCCCAGCCAAAGGCGCUAUGUAUAUUACUAUAGCUACUUGUUAAAAAAUAACCUGGAAUACAGACCGGUGCCCCUGCUCUUUCACAAGAUUGAAUUUGAAACUAUUCCAAUGUUCAGUGGCUCAACAUGCAAUCCCCAGUUUGUCGUUUACCAGCUGAAAGUCAAGAUCUUCACCUCAACAGCAGGUCCCAAGCGCAUCGAGAAGUUGAUGUAUUUUGAUUUCCCCCAGCCUUUGCCCGUUUGCGGGGAUAUCAAGGUAGAAUUUUUCCACAAACAGAACAAAGUGAUGAAAAAGGAAAAGAUGUUCCAUUUUUGGAUAAACACAUUCUUCAUACCAGGACCGGAAGAGUAUUCAGAAAAAGUAGAAAAUGGAACGUUAGUCGGGGAGCAGGAGCUUGAUGGCAUAUACAGUACAGAACGUUCAGAUAAUGACAAGGAAUAUCUCACCCUCACUUUAACUAAAAACGACCUAGAUAAAGCUAACAAAGACAAAGCCAACAGAUUAUUCUCUCCAAACUUCAAAGUGAAGCUAUUUUUCACCAAGACAGUAGAAGAAUCUUCAAACUCGGAAGCUAGCAGCUCAACCUCUGUAACGCCGGAUGUUAGUGACAAUGAACCUGAUCAUUAUCGAUAUUCUGACACCACUGACUCUGAUCCAGAGAAUGAACCUUUUGAUGAAGAUCAGAUCACACAAAUUACAAAAGUCUGAAGGGGGUUUUGUUGUGUUUUUUUUUUUUCCUCUUUUUUUUGUUUUUCCCCAAUUUUUUGUUUUUUUUGUUUUUUUUUAAAUCGAGGGAAAACCACACAGGAAUGCAAACUUGAAUAAACUGAGAAAAAAAGGACCUUUUUAAAAACAAAAAACCCGGCAUGUGACAUUGUGUCAGACACCAAGUUAUAGGAGCAAUUAUCUAUUCCUUGACCAAUCCUGCCAGCGAGGUGUUAAUGGCGCUGCUGCCCAAACGGAAAGAGAGAGACGGGCGAAAAAAAUCGUGAAUGAAAAGGUUACGUAGCGUUGUUAUGUAUAUACCCUUUUCAUGUCUGAGGACAUAUAUAUCUUAAUUAGGUUAAAUAAAGAUGGCACUUUCCCAUUUUA